AUGUGCACACAUGUAGAAAUUAAUCAUGCUAUAUUUUUCUUCCCUAGUAGUGAUCACCACCACGUGGUACAAGGAAAUGAUACAGGAAUGGCACAAUUUAUUCUUCUAGGAUUAUCAGAGGAACUAGAACUGCAGCCUCUCAUAUUUGGACUUUUCCUCUUCAUGUUCCUGAUCACUGUGUUUGGGAAUCUGCUCAUCAUUUUUGCCACCAUCUCAGACUCCCACCUCCACACCCCCAUGUACUUCUUCCUCUCCAACCUGUCCUUUGUAGACAUCUGUUUCAUCUCCACCACCAUCCCAAAGAUGCUGAUGAACAUACAGACACAGAGCAAAGACAUUUCCUAUGAAGGCUGCAUCACCCAGAUGCAUUUUUACAUACUGUUUGUAGAGCUGGAGAACUUAAUUCUAACUGUCAUGUCCUAUGACCGCUUCAUAGCCAUCUGUGACCCCCUGCACUACACAGUCAUCAUGAGCCCUGUUCUCUGUGGACAGAUAGUGCUCCUAUCCUGGAUGAUGAGUGCCCUGAAUUCCUUAGUACAAAGCUUACUGGUACUGAGACUAUAUUUCUGUACAGUCUUGGAAAUCCCCCACUUUUUCUGUGACUUGAAAGAAGUACUCCGACUUGCUUGUUCUGACGCUGUUCUUAAUAACGCUGUGAUGUAUUUUGCAGUUGGGCUGUUUGGUGCCGUCCCCCUGGCUGGUAUAUGUUACUCAUACUCUAGGAUAGUUUCCUCCAUAUGUAGAAUCUCAUCAGCUGAGGGGAAGUAUAAAGCAUUUUCCACCUGUGCAUCUCACCUCUCUGUUGCUUCCUUAUUUUAUUGUACGGGUUUAGGAUUAUAUCUUAGCUCUACUGCUACCCACAGCUCACAUUCAAGUGCAAUAGCCUCGGUGAUAUACAUUGUGGUCACACCCAUGCUGAACCCUUUCAUCUACAGUCUGAGGAAUAAAGACGUAAAGAGGGCUCUGAGAAGAUUCUUUGGAGUGGCAGCUAUGAAAGGGCCAUUUGUCCUGGGGCUGAGGAAGUCCUGGUAA